AUGAAUUAUACCGAGUCCAGCCCAUUGACAGAAUCAACUGCAAUAGAUUUUACACCUGAGUUAGAAAGUAUCAUACCUGUGCCUUCCAAUGAGACCACAUGUCAAAACUGGAGAGAGAUACAUCACCUAGUUUUUCAUGUAGCAAAUAUUUUUUUCACAAUUGGGUUGGUUAUUCCAACUACUCUUCACCUUCAUAUGAUACUCCUUAGGGGAAUGUUAACUAUAGGAUGCACCCUUUAUAUUGUCUGGGCCACUCUCUACCGAUGUGCCUUGGAUAUCAUGAUCUGGAACUCUGUGUUCCUGGGUGUCAACAUUUUGCAUCUGUCAUAUCUUUUGUACAAGAAAAGACCGGUAAAGAUUGAGAAGGAGCUCAGUGGCAUCUACCGCCGAUUGUUUGAACCACUCCGUGUGCCUCCAGAUCUGUUCAAAAGAUUAACCGGCCAGUUUUGUAUGAUCCAAACCUUAAAAAAGGGCCAGACGUAUGCUGCAGAGGAUAAAACCUCAGUUGACGACCGUCUGAGUAUCCUCCUGAAGGGGAAAAUGAAGGUUUCCUAUCGAGGACAUUUUCUGCAUAACAUUUACCCCUGUGCCUUUAUAGAUUCUCCUGAAUUUAGAUCAACUCAGAUGCACAAAGGUGAAAAAUUCCAGGUCACCAUCAUUGCAGAUGAUAACUGCAGAUUUUUAUGCUGGUCAAGAGAAAGAUUAACUUACUUUCUGGAAUCAGAACCAUUUCUAUAUGAAAUAUUCAGGUAUCUUAUAGGAAAAGACAUUACAAAUAAGCUCUACUCAUUGAAUGAUCCCACCUUAAAUGAUAAAAAGGCCAAAAAGUUGGAACACCAGCUCAGCCUGUGCACACAGAUCUCCAUGCUGGAAAUGAGGAACAGUAUCGCCAGCUCCAGUGACAGUGAUGAUGGUUUACACCAGUUUCUUCGGGGCACCUCCAGCAUGUCCUCUCUCCAUGUGCCGUCCCCACACCAGCGGGGCUCCACCAAGAUGAAACCAAUCGAAGAAGGGGUGGAAGAUGACGACGAGGUCUUUGAGCCCGUGUCUCCAAAUGCACUGAAAGUCCAUCAGUUGCCUUGA